AUGGGAAGCUCCACUUCAACUAAGCCCUUCAAACAGGCCAACGAUUGUGGUCACUACAGAAACCACUCUGUGGUGGUUGGUGGGUGGACAGAACAGCUCCUAUUUCAGCUCAGAUUACCAGAGGUCUCCUCUGUGAAUGUUAGUGUAAGAUGAUUGGCCUGGCUCCUCUCCACCCACAUUGUCCUCUGACCUCUGUCCUUAGCUUAUACAAACUCUGCCCUCUCUAUACAAAUAGCUUUUUCAGCUCCUCAGGAAUGACCUGCCUGCCCAGCACUCUCUCCAUUAAAGAGGUGUGGUCAGGAGAGAGACAGAGGGGGACUCCUCAUUGAAUUCCAUUUGAUUACCCUCAGGCCAGAGUCAUCCAUGUUUGCAUUAGAAAUCGCUGCUGUGAAACACAGCAAUGCUGUUACAGUUGACACAGCUUAGCGUUCACUUCAACAGGUUCUGGAUGGAGAAGCAAUCUCAGCCAGGGAGUUUCUUGUAAAACAUAAAUUAGGACCAGCUGCUGUGGGGUGCGGCCUGCGGUGGGAUGCCUCCUGUUGGUUUGGAUCCUGGACCGACCGGUGCCUUAGCAGGGGGGAGUUCCCGGUUGGAGACUGGCCUUCUCCUUGACUGUCUGCUUGGGGGCCCUCAAAUUUGUCUUGAAAUGCCUAACAUCAAUGUUUUACAAAAAUGACCUGAUCCUCAUAAAAGCUCAAUUUAUUUUCAUUCUUUUUUCCAUUUUCCAUGCUGUGCUCUCUUGUGUUUCCGGACAUAAAUAAUACAAAGUCCAUGUCCCUGGGUCUGGUUUUGGUUAAGAGACUGUAAAGCUGUUUUUCAAGCAUUCCCUUUUCAUGCUAACUCUAAUACAGUAACAUGACAUUGAAAAGUACCUUAAAAUGAUCUGUGUGUCUUAUACAAAAGUUAGUGCAUCAGGUCUCUCCCAACAGCCUUGCUGAGAAAAGGGCUCCAAUUACUAAGCAUUUACUAAGAAUUUACUAACAUCUUAAGUAAAUUAAACUAUCAUCUGACUCUGAGCCUGUAAUCCUGUUUAAGCCUGAAUCAUUAUUUCUCCCACUCCUAAAUAAUACAGGGGAAUUUGAUUUGGUUUGUUUACAAACGUGCAUUACACUAGAGUGUGACUGAGUAGCUGGGUACACUACACUACCCUGUCAGUGCUGUCUACAGUAUCUACUGUCUACCGCCUGCUUCGACGUCUGAGGAGGGCCGUGCUGUUCCUGUUUGGAUGGGUAGUGUUGGUGCAGGCAGCUACAAGAAGAAGUCUUUUCCCCAUGCUGUCAGGCCCGGUUUGCGUCGAGGCUCCAGUUCUCCUUGAUGCAGUCCAUCAUCCCCCUUAGUUCAAAGACUUACGCGCUGCAGGUCUUUGUCAAAAGCCCAGUUGGAGAUCUUUUAUGUUCAAGAUGUAGGAUUUCUUAGGAUGACUUUGAUUAUUUAUUUAUUCCACUUCUCUUGUGUGAUAGUGCCAAUAUUUUAGGCGAAACUGCUCAGCUUGCUCGGAAAUUCAUGUUGCUUUAUUGUAGCUCCCUUUCGCCUUUGAAAUGUAGCUUUUGAAAAGCCCAGCUCUUUUUUUAAAAGUCUGAACUCUUUUUCUCUCUGUCUCUCCCUCUUCUUCUCUGUUCUGUUCUGCAGCCCCUCACCACAUAUUUCCGACGUUCCACACGCCCAUCCCGAUUGACAUGCGUCACCAUGAGGGAAGAUACCACUAUGAACCACACACCCUACAUGCCAUGCAUGGGUAAGUCUUCUUCAGGCUGGUUUCUACUGUAUACACAAGCUGUUUACACUAAUAGAUAGCCAUUAGCUAUUAGAUAGCCUUGUUUUAGCCAACACUGCAUAGCAUUUAAAGGGCAACCUUCCCUUUAAAGGAUGAGAGUAAAAGUGUUGGCCAGAUUUGAUAUCACAGAUGAAAUAUUAUCUUUAAAAAGUACAAUUUAUUAUCCAAUGUCAGUUAAUAAAGAAUGUUAACAUUUUUCCUCACAUCUCUCAUUUCCUAUAACAGUUGAUGAUUAUGGGGGACAGCUUUACUUUUUGCCAGGUAUCAACCUAUAGGCCUGUGGCCAGCCAAUACACAUCCUCUUUCCAUUAGUUAGCUAUACAGUGCUGGAUCCAUCACAAAUGACAUGACGCACACACACACACACACACACAUACAAACACAACCUUUCCCCCUCUACCUAGAACAGUCCUUUAUGUUCAUUACUGUUAUAGUGGACCUAAUCUGUUUGGGCCCAAGAAAACAACAUAAUUACGCUCUCACACAGUACAGAGGUCACCAAUACAGUAUAGUAAUUGGUUCUAUGAUGGUUACAUGUACAGGAAUUCAACUUUCAGGUUACUGUGCAGUCCGUUGGAUAAUUAGCUUGGUUAGUAGUGACCAUGAUUGGUUUGGUAGCAACAUCUCAGUUAUUUAACAUUUGAAAUUGAACCAGAACGUUUUUGACUUUGCUAUAGUAUAGACUAUCUUUAUCUUAAAAACGAUAGUAGUAAAACACAAAAAAGUCAAUAGAAUUCUGGAAAUAGUGUUCAGCUUCAUUUCCAUUUAAAUUCAGUAGAUUUGAUGGUGAUACAUAUUGUUUGCCUGGCUUCAGCAGGGCUAUUUAUCACAGAACUAGGGAAGUAGAGGGGGAGAAAAACCUGUCUCUACACACGGCCACCUUGAUUAAUGUGAUUUGAUCUUGACAGUGGACCCCUAAUUCAUCAAGACCUUGAUCUAGCUGUCUUUCCCCGUGCCUGUGCCAAAUUCACUCUAAUUACAGGAACAUUGCACAGCAAAUUAAGUGUGGUGUCAUUUGUCGAGGAGACGCGGCAGUCAGGCCCACUUUAUUAUACGCUGGUGGCUGCAUGUCAGAGGUCCCCUGCUUGAUUGUCUAACAUGACAUCUCCAUACAGUCCCCUUUAUCAUUGUUUGCAUAUAACAUAAUGAGAGGGAUGGUUAUUUUGUCACAGCUGUCAUAAAGUGGGGAGGAAGCGGCGGCAGUGGGAGGAAGUAGGAAGGGGAAGAGUAGCUUAGAGUCUCUUCUUCUGGGGUUUUUCUACUGUAUGGAGGAGAGAUUUUUCAUCACUGUCGAAUGAGAGGACAGGAGCAGUCCUGGGCUCAAAGCAGUGGUUCGGCAACAGACAGAGAACAGUGGGGAUGGGGAUAGCUAACCUCCUUUGCCGUGCCGUGUAGCUAUGCAGAAGCUUGGACUGAAGCGAUGAUAUAAACCACCCACAUGGAGUGUGCGCGUUGACACAAGCUGUCCGAGCUCUCAUGACACUAUGACAAAUCAUCGCUGUUCUAGAAACCUCCACAAACUUUUUGUGAGUUGAGUUUUUCACUCGAAGACCUGUUGUAAGAUACAACCACAGCUACAGCAUAGUUAGGUACUUUCCAAUGAAUGACAAUUCAGAGAGAAUUAUGAUAUCAUUUUAACAUGCGUUAUUCCCAGAGAGAAUCAUUUAUUACCUCUAUCAAUAUGAUCAUUAGAACAAAGUGCACAAGUUGUGGCCUGAACAGAGGCAAGACAUUCAGUUUCUUUCGAUGUUUUCACUCCCAUCCUGAGUCUCCCAAACUAGGGGAAGAAAACAAUACCGUGCCUCAGUCUGCCCAUUAUUAUCUAUGAGGAGGAGGAUUGCGUCUAGUCUACCAAACAGCCCAGGGCUAUAAGAUCAGAUCAAGUCACUGACAGAGGCUGCCAGUGAGUGCAACACUCCCAUUAAUAUCCUAACACUGCAGCUUCUGGCUCUGUUGCUCUGUGACUUCAGUUCUAAAAACUCUAUAAUCGCUGUCACAUUCCCAUCUCCCAUCUGUUUGUUAAGAGCUGUCAGGAACAACUCUGCAGAGAUGCCUUGUUUGGUUGAUUGAUAAAGUGUUGUCAGCCCUGAAGGUACAUAUUUAAGAGGCUAAUCAUGUAGUUUCUUCCCAAAGUGGAUCGCUAUGGGUCUGGCAAGCGAGACUAUUAAUAAUGUCAUCAUGGCAGUACUGUUUCUACAGUUGUACCUUUCAGCUGUAGUUUUAAACACAACAAUUAGUGGAUGUUUUAAUAAUCGGCAAAUAAUGCUACAGGUUGGCCAGCUUUCCUAGUAGGUAGCAAUGCUGAGCUGACCAGAGUCAACAAAGGAUGGUUGUGUCCACAGAAAUAGUGAUAUGUUACCAUUCCGUUGUUUAAACCUCCUAAUUCAAUGAACUGUUUGUUGUAAUUUUCCCCUCUUUCUGCAUAUGUGGAGCUGCUGAAAGUAUUGUAUGUUAAGUUAAAGCCCAAACCAUCCAUAUCAUGUUGCAGUCCAGGCCCAUAUAAAACUACAGCAGUUCAUUCCAGCCCUGCAAUGGACAAUGUGAUUUAUCUAAAUCACAGCUCCAGCCCUGAGGUAGCUACAGAGGAGACACCGUCACAUUGUAAUUAAUCUCUAGUGUCGCUCACCGCAAAGGCCCAACGCAGGGACAUGACACACACACACACACACACACACACACACACACACACACACACACACACACACACACACACACACACACACACACACACACACACACCAGCCAUACAUGCACCACACACACACACACACACACACACACACAUACACACACACACAAUUAUCCACACUUCAUUAUACAAAUGAUAUCUUAUAUUGAGCACACUUUAAAUCCAGACAGCCAAAAUAAAACCAACGUCAACUGAACAGCAGGGGGAUAACAUAUACUUACAGUACAGUAGAAUUAGGUAAUGUCUGCGGAGGAGAGGUGUAAAUGAAAUCAGGUUCAAUUACCCAAAGUGUUUCAGACAGGACACUAAGUGGACUAAUUAGAACAAGUAUACAACUGCUCCAGCUUUAGCUCGCUCUGUUGGGACUGUGUAGGCUAGGCUAGGCUAGCAACUCGUUGGUCUGGUCCUGCAUUGUGCGAGCUAACAGCCAGGGCAGGACUGACGGAGCCUCCUCCUCAGCAGGGCGACUGAGGUGAGAACCCCACAGCCUCCCUGAUCUCACACCCACCCGGCGCCAGGCCCAGAUACGCUCCACAGCCUGGCAUUGUAUGUUUGAAGCUCCGGUCGCAUCUGAAGCCCUGGCCUCCGCAUAGUAAUGAUGAAACCAUUCCAAGAGAGGGCCUUAAACAUUUGAAUGUUGCGUUACUUAUUUAGGGUGCUGCUCUCUCUACAUCGUAUCAUUUUAAGUAAAGGCCUACUGUUCUUUCUGGACAAGGGUUUUGUUUGAGUUAACUGAUGACUGCUGGCUAAAGAAAUCAGUAUAAAGGCCAUUAGUUAAAUCUAUUCAGGUCUAUGAUCUUGGGAUGGGACUGAUGCCUGAUGUAGGUGCUUGCUAUUCUUAUGAUAUACGAACAUCUCAGGUCCUAUGCAAAUAGCUUUCUGUAACCCUGGCAACCCCGGGGUUUUCUAUGACAAGGUCUUGUCUGUUCAUGCAGAUGAAGUGUUAAUAGUUAAUAGUGGUGCGAGGGUUUAUAACGUUGAGGCAUUUGAACUAUCAAUCAGAUCGUUAUCUCCUUCGAAUCAAACAAUAGGUCUUGCUUCAUUAGUGAUGCAAUCACACUGUAUUGCUGCAAUAGAAUACGACCGUUGGUUUAUUUUUCAAGUCGCAAUUGUACAUAUCUGUUUGGGUCUCUGGACCUAGUAGACUGCUUCCCAUGGUAGAGGUAGACUCAGGGAGAUGAAAAGGUCUGUGGCUAAAGGCCCAGAGCGACUGACUGGCAUUGCCAAUAAAUUAGCUAUAGGCAGAUAAGAGCAUUUUGCAGCCAGGUUCCAGUCCAUAAUAUCAUGUUGAAGUUUUAAGUUGCCCAGUAAUCUAAAGGCUUUCUUUGUAUGGAAUGCCUGUUUCUUCUCAGGCCUCAGACUGAGAGCCCUUUAUGGUCAUCUGUUAGCUAGGACCCAUGGCAGAAAGUUGGCUCAUGGCAGAAAGUUGGCUUUGGGACAAGCCUUGGUCGUCUGGGGGCAUUUACUGGAAACGGAGUGGACUCACUUUGGCUCAAGCACAGACCAACCAGCCCCUAGAGACAGACAGUACUAGGGAUAACUGAGAGAUUGAGGUCAACCUGGGUCCGUAUUCAAAAAGCAUCAAAGAAGGUGUGCAAAUAGAUGAAGAUUCCAACUUCAGACACUAUACAGUACAAUCGCUUCUCAUUGGGUGACUAAGGUAGCUCUAAGCAUAAGAUUUUGUGAAAUUAAGCCUUCUGUCUGGGUAUAUCUAUAUUUGAAUGGAGAUAGUGUGUACUAGUUUCUGGUGUGCUGGAGGAAAAUCAGUCUGGUGUGUAGUCUAGCUUUCCAGACUCAUGGCUCCACCCCCAGAGGUUCAGACAUACAGUGGCUGUGGGAAGAGACUACCUGGUGCAUGCUACUGUAUCCUCUGAUCUUCAGCCUGUCAGAGGGUCUGUCUGUACAGCUAGCAGCAACCAGGCAGGAGAUACACCUCUCAUUGACAUGCCAUGAGUUCCUCACUUUCUCCUCUCCAGGUCAGGAUAGAACUCAUAUCAGAUACAGUGUGACUAUCUUCAGUAUCAUCCAUGUCUGGGGUUAAAGGAACAAUCCUUGAUAUGACCCCAAAGGAACUUGCGAGGUAUGAGGUUAUGUUACAGUGUAUUUGUUUGUGGAUGAGGUAACUUAGGGUAAAUGAGUGUGACAUCAGGUAAUGCCUUAGGGAUGUAAUAUCAUUAUAUUGCAUGGUUGCGUGCCAUACUAUAUGAUGUGGACACACACACACACACACACACACACACAGUCUGCUCCAUGACCCCAUCUCACAGGAAACCUCUGUCGCAACUUAUUUCCAGAUCAAAGCCCUGAUAGGAUAAGGAAUGACCUGCAUCCCAAAUGGCACCCUAUUCACUAUAUAGUGCACUACUUUUGACCUGGGCCCAUAGUGCACCAGGGGAUAGGGUGCCAUCUGGGAUGCAGACCAUGAUUUUAGACAUUGUCUCAUUCUCAUUCCAGUCUAUAUACACAGAGCAAGGAGACAGAGCAUAUCAGAUUCACCUUAGAUUCAUUAUUCAGGCUUAGACCUGGCUGGUUGAUACACCUGGCCUGCCUGCAGAGUUUAUAGAAACGUCUCAGGUGUGUGUGUGAACGAGUGCUCUGACUGCAUCGCACAGCAUGGUCUGCACCACUCUGUAGUGUCAGAUGGAAAAAUGGUUAGGCCUUAGGCUAUGUCAUGUAAGGACCUAAGUCAGGUGAGAUGCAGCAAAGGGUCCCAUUGUAACUGUUUUUCUUUACAUUGUAAACUUCCAUUGUAAUCACAGGUACUUGAGAUGUCUGGAUGAAAGAAACUGUUCAAAAGUUUCCGUCUGUCACAAGAGACUAACAAUGCCAUGGACCAGUGUGCAUGAACUAAGAUGAUAACGCUCUCUCUCUCUCUCUCUCUCUCUCUCUCUCUCCUCUCUCUCUCUCUCUCUCGCUCUCUCUCUCUCCUCUCUCUCUCUCUCCUCUCCUCUCUCUCUCUCUCUCCUCUCUCUUCUCUCCUCUCCUCUCUCUCUCUCUCUCUCCCGUCUCUCUCUCGUUCCUCUCUCUCUCUCUCUCUCUCUCUCUCUCUCGCUCUCUUUCUCUCUCUCCCUCCCUCCCUCCCUCUCUCCCUUCUCCAGUCCUGGACUAGGUGGCAGCCCGAUCAUGUCAGACAUCUCUCUGAUCCGUCUGUCCCCCCACGCAGCCGGGACGGGGGAGUCGCCCUUCAGCCCCACUCACCCCUACUUCAACCCCCACAUGGAGCACUACUUCCGCUCCAUUCACAGCAGCCCAACCCUGUCCAUGAUCUCUGCAGCCCGCGGACUCAGCCCUGCAGACUGUGAGUUCAACUGCAUGUCUAGAUUGUCCACAUCCAAGGUCAUUCACUGCGACGAGCAUCACCUUACAAUGUGGAUCCCAAUAGAAGGAAUUGUGUCAUUGAUCUAUUACUGAAAGCUUGGUGGAGAAUUGAAGGAUUAGAACUUCUGAGGAUUAUGCAAUUGUUUUCGGUGUGGAGAGAGGAUUUGCUGUUGUGAUUGCUAGUAAACAGCAUGUUUGAGUAGGUAUACAGAUUAGGUUAGACACAUAGAGCCGGUCCUACACCAUUGCAUGAAUUAGUCUUACAUGCUAAAUAUUGCUCUUUGUGAAGCUCUGACCUCCCUCUUCUCGCCACAUGUUCAAUAUACCAAGGGGGUUAUUGGAAAGCCAUGGAAAUGUAUCAAACAAAACAGUCCCAAUGGAACACCCCCCAAAUUUCCCCCUUUACCUCAGAGCGACGUGAUGACAACUCUUUUUCAGAGCUGAAUUACAAUAACGGGUGGAGGCGAGGAGCCAGAAUAGGAAAUAAAUCACCUUUUACAUUCUGUCAACAGUAAUGUGGUCCUGCUUUUAAAGUUAAAUAAGCAGUGCAGGGUUGGAGAUCUCGCAGUGAUAAAGCUAUGUGAAAGAGGAAGAAAAUGAAGGAGGUUAUUUUGGGUUGAGGGAAUGCAAAUGGUUUGGAGAGAGAGGAGAGACGGCCUUGGAUUUCAUUGAGAGAAGGUGGACGUUCAGUUUGACAUUUGAUGUUCCCAUGUGACCCUUUUCAAAAACAACUGUUAUAUCUUCUAGGACUUUUAAUAGGACAACUGUGUUUCAGUCUGGAUUUUGUUCUGAAUUACAAUUUUUCUAUUAAAACUGAUUUUAUAUGGAAUACUACUAGUAGAAAUGAAAUGGUUUCAGGAAAUUGUCUUCCUAGUCGCUGGCCAACACAUAUAACAGAGGUAUAACAGGCAGAGGUUCUGCUGCUCUUUUCUUAUUGCCGUUUCUGUGCUACAACACAUUAGCAUGACAUUAGCAUUGACAGGCCUCAGGAUUCCUUUGGGCCCAGUCUGCUGUGUUCUAUUCCUCAUUCACAUUCUCUUUCUAUGGACUUUCUGUUCAUUUGAUUGAAAAAAAAGAACAGUUGUACGGUAGGGACAGCUCAGCUCUGCUCUGGACUUCAUCGGACUGCUUCAAAAGACAUGUUCCUGGUUGUGCUGAUCCAAAGUGACUCCCUCCAUUUAAGUGGUUAUGUGAUCCAGGAGAGAGAGAGAGAAGGAGAAAAUAAAGGUCUGGUUCUGCUAUAUGAAGUCAGUACAAGCACAUGUCUGUUCUCUUUUAGUGCAGCACUGCCUAAUUGUGUCUGAAAGAUCACUUACAGUGGGAGAGGUGACACAUUAGGGGAGAGAGAGAGGAGAGCGGGAGAGCGAGAGAGAGAGAGAGAGAGCGGGAGAGCGAGAGAGAGAGAGAGAGAGAGAGAGAGAGAGAGAGAGAGAGAGAGAGAGAGAGAGAGAGAGAGAGAGAGAGAGAGAGAGAGAGAUAAAAGAGGGGAGCCCCUGCACCCUGACCCAGACCAUAAACAGAACAGACAUUUCCUCCUAAAUUCCUGGAGAAACAGAUGGCAUUUGGAAGCCUCUGGGACAGAGUGCUGCUAUUCACCAGCAGAUAUAGGCCAUGUAAAACAAAUUCAUAUUCCACUCUUAUUGCCCCUGACACUUUUAAAAGGGCUUUACUGGGUGAAGAUGUUAACAGCCUAACACCGUUGUUACUGUAGGAUUCAGGGUGCUCCUUCAGGGUGUGUGUGUGUGUGUGUGUGUGUGUGUGUUGUGUGUUUGUGUUUUCAAAGAGAGAAACAGUGCAACUUCAGCCCCACCACUACUUUGCUUCUGAGUUGGAGGAAAUGCAGGAAUGUGGAGUGGGGCCCCUCUUCUCUCUCGCUUCCCCUCCCUCCCUCUCUCGCGUCUCUAUCUUCUCCGAAUGCAAAAGGCACGAGUAUAUCCUAUCUCUCGUCAUCUCUUCUCUAUCUCAUUCGUCUACUACGCCCUAGCUCUUCUACUCCCUCCUCACACCUCUCUCUAGGCCGUCUCUCCUCUCGCCUCUCUCUCUCUCUCCUCAUCUUCUCUCUCUCUCUCCUCUCUCUCUCUCUCUCAUCUCUCUCUACUAUCUUUAUUCUCUUUUCCUCUCUCUAAUCUCGUCUCAUGCCUCGCUGCACAUCACUAACCUCACUGCCCAGCCAGCCUGGCCCUCCCACUCCCUCCCAUUCCUCUUGUCCUGCAUCAAUGACUGUGUCCCAAAUGGCACUAUAUUCUCUAGUCCUGGUCAAAAGUAGUGCACUAUAUAGGGAAUAGGAUGCCAUUUGGGAUGUAGAUAAAGUCUUCCUAGGACAGUGCCAUCAUGCCAAUCCUAACCCUAACCCUUUUUAAAUGGCUCUGGCCAUGUGGUGAGACCAAGUAGACCAACCAGGGCUGGAAUCUGGAAUCUGGAACGUCUUUCUCUCCCCUCACUCAUUUUCUUUCUCAUUCAUCCUCUCAUGUCCUAAAGCAAUGUUACUGUUCCUCAACAUUCUCCCCUCUUUCUCCCUUACUCAUCGUACGCGAAAGGAAGACGGAGGAAAGGGAGGAGAACGAGAAGCGAAGAGGAGGAAGAGGAACGAAGGCGAGGCAGAGGAAAGGAAGCGGGAAGGAAGGCAAGCCGAAGGAUAGGAAGAGAGAGGAAGCGGAGAAGGAAGAGGAGAAGGAAGCACGAAGACGGCAGGAGGGUCACACGCCGCGAGACGCGAAGAGCCGCAGGAGCAGAAGCAAGGGAGCCGACGGCCGCCGUAGGGGCAGACAGAGCGGCCGAGGCAGGGAAGGCAGCACGGCCGCGGCGGGGAGAGACAGCCGAGGGAGCCGGGAAGGCCGAAGGACGGGCGAGGCAGGAAAGGAAGACGAGACGGAAGACGGGGAGAGGCGAAGGAGAAAGAAGAGAGAGGAAGGGAGAGGCAGAAAGAAGGACCGGCGGCGAGGACGGAAGAGAGAAGGACGAGGCAGACAAGGAGAGGACAGAAGAAGCAGGAAGAGGAAGCGAAGAAGGAAGAGGCGAAGCGAAGAAGGACGAGGACGGAAGAACGAGACAGAGACGAAGGAAGAGGGAACGAGAGAAGCGAGGGAAGAGGAGAAGAAGAGCAGAGGUAACGAAACCGAAGCUCAAAAGGAAGAGAAGAACAGGAAGAGAAGAGAAUAGAGAAGGAAGAGAGAAGGAGGGCGAGAGACGGAAUAGGAAGAGGCAGGAAGAGAAGAAGGAGAGGAAGAGAGAGCAGAGGAGCAGGAAGAGAAGAACGGAGAGGAGAGCGAAGAAGCCGGCAAGAGAGAGCGGAGGAGGAGAGGGCGGAGGAGGAGAGAAGGCAAGGAAGAGAGGGAAGGGGGCAGAGAGGAGAGGAGAAGAAGAAAAGAGGGCGGAGAGGAAGAUGAGAAGGAAGAGGAGAAGAAGAGAAGAAGGACGGAGAAGAAAAGGGAAGGACGCAGGAAGAGAGAGAGCGAGAUGAAGAGAAGAGGAAGAAGGAAGAGAGAAGAAAGAGAAGGCAAGAGAAGGAAAGAGGGAAGAGGCAGAAGGCGAGAAGGAGCGGAGAGAAAACGGGAAGAUGAAUCGCAGGAGAACAUCAUCUCUGAUCUUCUCCUUUCAUUCCUUCCUUCCUUCCUCAUCCUCCUCAUCUCCUCCCCCCUUCCUCCUUUCUCCUUCCUCUUCUCCUUCCUCUCCCUGAAAAUGUGUCUCCUUUCUCUCCUCCUUCCUCUUCUCCUUCCUCCCUGCAAAGGUGUCUCCUUUCUCUCCUCCUUCCUCUCCUCCUUCCUCUCCCUGUAAAUGUCUGUCUCCUUUCUCUUCUUCUCUCCACCCCUAUUUCCUCCCUCUGUGUCCCUCACUCAUUCUCCUCCUUCCUAUCCCCCUGCAGUGGCGCAUGAACAUUUGAAAGAGCGGGGUCUGUUUGGGUUGCCCCCUCCCCCUCCUGGAGCCAGCCCUGCUGAGUACUACCACCUGAUGGCCAGCCACCGUAACCCCUACGGAGAGCUGCUGAUGCAGGGGGGUGGGGCGGCAGCUGCACACCUGCCAGACUACAUCACCCCCAUGGAUGGUGAGUUAGACUGGGACUACACAGAGGCCCACUCCUCUUUACUGUAUGUCUGUUGUAUCUUCAGAACAGGUUUAUACUGUCUGUGUGGGAAGGGGUGGAAUUGUGUGUGUGGGGGGGGCAUGCAUGGGAACACAGUCCCAAAAGUGAAAUAAUCUUUACAAGUGUAUUUGAGCUAAAUUCCUGGUGAUUUACAGUGGUCAGUUCACAGACUUUGCCAGUUCCCAGACGUCCAUCCUUGGAAGUGUGUGGGUACGAAUUGUAACAUUCAUUUUAGGGGAAAGAUUUUAUUUGUGUCCCCUGCCCCUUACUCUGUUGGCAUCAGUGUGUACUGUAGGCCUAUAAUAUGGUGGCCAUUUUUAUUGGAAGGUAUGUCACUUUUAAAAGCAACAUGAGUAAUGCAACAACCUCACCUUAGGAGAAUGAUGAAAUCCAUAUCAAUGGAAUUGUAGGCAGCAGAACAUAAAAAGGCUUUUAUACAUUUUUCAUUUCAAACAACUUCAAAGGGCGGGCCAGAAGCCCUCAGGUACUGCAACCACAGUAUAGGUUCAGUAAGUAUUUCCCUCUCUCAAGUCUGUGCCAGGACAUUCCAUAAACAACAGACCUGAUUGUACUGAGAUGACAUUUACUGGAGGAGGUUGCUCAUUCAGAGGGGAGGAGGGGGACAGGGGGGGAGGGGUGAUGCAGAGGGCACCUGGGUCAGAAGUAUGUUUAAUGUAAUGAAUGCCUACUUCCAUCCUCAACUACCUCUGUCACCUUAAAGGGUAGUGGUGUCUAGGGAGAGACUGAUUAUUGUACACAGGGAUAGUGUUACAGUACAGUAGCAUUACCCAUUAGGCUAUAGUGUAGUGUGACGGAACAUGACAUCAAAACCACCCUAUACAGAAGCUUGGAUAUCAAACAAGUUCACUGUGUUCAUAUAACAGAUAGGUUCAGAUUAGGACAGGCACUGAUAUUCCCUUGCCUUUUACUGUAUUGCUGCAUGACAUUUACAGGAAUCCCGACAGACGUUAAGGCAAUAGGAAAUACUGUAGGCCCUUAUCCAUCAUCAAAUGAGGCUCACAGCUACCAGUGUUUCUACUGUAGCUACUACCACUACUGCUUCCUCGGCCGAUAAAACACACAACUCACCCCAGCGAUGUCGCCUCAAGCAGCUCACCCUACGCUCCAAACACUCAGAGAAGGUGAGAUCAGGCCCCUCUACUCAAGGUGAAGGAUAGGAUUUGAUUUGACACACAGACAGUGAGUUUUGCUACCUGUCCUGUACAAGUUAAAUGAUUGCUCUGAGCCUAGUCGGUCUACCUGGGUGUGCAGUGAGAGAGUGAACAUUGUCCUCCAGUGUCUGAGUUGUGCAGCAUCCAGCAGGCCGUGGUUCUGAAUGAGCUGUUGUGUUGCAUUGUGUCUGGGCCAAGCUUCUGCUUGCUCAGGCCAGCCAGGGGCAUGCAGCCAAAGGCCUCAGCCUGCUGUGCGUAUACAAACUGUCAUAACUUAACUCCCAAACAGUGAAAUACACUGUGCAGACCUCUCUGUAGCCCAGCUCCCAAGACAAAGGCUGUGUACUGUAUGAUGAAUUUGGCUUGUUAGUAGUGUAAUAUCUAUGUUACACAGAGAAACAAUGGACCUUAACUACCAGGAGAACAGAGUUUAAAUAAGACCACAGCCACUUUGGCUCAUACAGCUUCUCCACCACUGAAGUCAUAGUCCUCCUCAUAGUGAAGUUAAACCCAGCACAGAUAGAUUUGGCAAUGUUAACAUAUGUUUCCCAUGCCAAUAAAGCCCUUCAAUUUUUUUUUGAAAAUAGAUACAUCCCUCUGUCUCUCAUAGUGAAGUUAACCAGAGAGAUACAUCCCUCUGUCUCUCAUAGUGAAGUUAACCAGAUUGACACAUCCCUCUGUCUCUCAUAGUGAAGUUAACCAGAUAUAUACAUCCCUCUGUCUCUCUGAACUCAGCCAAGGAAGCCUGGCCAGAGCAGGCUGUGAAUGUGAGAGCCAGCCUUACCUAGUGACAUGGCCACUCAGGUCUCAAGGCCAGCCCAGCCUCUGGAGGAGGAGGGGGCCAAUCCACACACACAACCUAGCAGUCGGUCGUCCACACACACACCUAGCAGUCGGUCGCUGCCUGGUGCCUGGCUUGCUGACAUAAAUCACAGGGGGAAAAAGGAGGCGAGGGGCUGCGAGGGGAGGGGGGACGAGGAGAGGUGAGGUGAGCGCCAGGCCCGGCUUUCCAUUACCUCAUUUAUCAGGGGAAGUGGCACAUUAAUAAACACAUCUCCCCUGAGGUGAGCCGCUAACACAGAUAAAUAAGGCUGCCAUUUCUGAAUGGCUUGUUCCAGUCACUGAAACUAUAGAACCAUUAAUGCAAUGUAAAUACUAAGGGCUAAAUUCACCUUUUCUUCUAGAAUGAACCUGAGUUAGUAACUAGUUAACUACUGCUAAAUUACAACACAUAUUCUCCAACGCGAACCCCCUCCCCCUAUCAUGUCAUCGAGUUCUUUAACAGCUGAUGUAAGACAUUUAUUUAUAUUAAGUCUCAUAGCAUAAAUAUCCCCUGAGAGACAGUGGUGGAGUCCAUAUCAGGGCUGGGGUCAAUUAUUAUUUAAAAGUGAUUUUCAUUUAAAUUUAAAAAUGGACAAGUUUUUAAAUAAAUAGCUUCCACUCCUCUGUUUAUUGAGAAGUCAUUGAAAAUAGACGCCUUUUUUAAAAUUGUUGUUGUUUAAGUUUACUUCCUGAAUUCACUGCCUUUAAUUAGAAUUGACCCAAGCCCUGGUCAAUAUGUCCCAGGACGUUUAGGAAAGUCCCAAAGCACUAAAACUGAGCACAUGUGUGGUACUUAUGGGACUGUAUUGGAGAUACUAUUUAGAAAUGACAGUUAGCCAUUAGCUUCUGCUAAGAAUAAUGGCACAGGAAGCGAGAAUGUUAUUCUCUGUGGUGGUAGCCUGAGUUUGAUCAGCCGAGGCACUGUUUGUGUAGAGCUGCUGGUGCAGUGCCUGGUGUUGGCACCACAUGUUAUUGAGCCAUUAUGGGAUAUCCGUUGCAGUGCCUUUGGUUAUUACCCCACAGGUCCUAAGGACACUGUUGGUCUGGACCGGCUCCACUAAUACCACUGCUAAUGUCUAGCACCUGUUGAGCCCUGAACAACUGGCUGACUGGCUCUCCUGCUGACAUCACUGGCGCCCUAGAGCAACAGACACCAGAAACACACCGAUUACAUAUCACAGGAAAUUAGAGAAUAACCAGCUUUAUGAAUUUAAUCUGUGAUUUGGUGUAUUAUAAAUUUUUUCAAAAUGCCAUUAUCCAUACAGUUUAUUCUUCAAAUAUGUUUAAACAGCUGGUUACAGUAACUACUGUACCUGGCUGGUAGCAAAUUAUACAUAGUGGCAAUUUUCAUGAAGUAAUUAUUGGAUAGUUAUUACGUAAUUAUCAUCCUACAUUGUCAUUUUUCAAAGUAAGACCAGGUAGCUUAGGGACUUAAAGAAUAAACUGUGACAAAAUGUACAUUAUAAACCAUGAACAUAAGAGCGAUCAAAAACACUUUGCAUACAUUUCAGUUGAAAUCAAUUCUCUAAAUUGGCCUCAUUUACCAAAGUGAAGUACAGAAUGUUUUCGAUCUCAGUGAGAUUUUUAUCUGAUUAAUUAAAGUACAUUAUUUAGGCUUAGAUUUAUUAUCCUUUACACUGAAUCUUAAUGAGGUCACCGUGGCCUAUGUCUGCAUCCCAAAUGACACCCUAUUCCCUACAUAAGGCUCUGGUCAAAAGUGGUGCACUAUAUAGGAAAUAGGUUGCCAUUUAGGAUGCAUGGAUUUUGAAAGACACCAGAGCUAAGAUCUUUUCAAACAGAAUAGAAGCCGUUUGUUAUGCGCAUUUUGUUUUAUUUUAAUUCUAGGUCGUGUACAUUGAAAAUGUGUGUCACUAGGGCUCAUUAAAGAAAGUUGUUUGAGGAUUGUUGCUUUCGGUUUUUUAUUUCCAUCUUUCAUCUCCAUCCCCUAUCUAUCCUCUGCUUUAUUUCCUUCCCCUGCUAUAAUUCUAGCACCGGAUAAGAGAUGAGUUUAUUUUACUGCAACAAUAUCUUCUGCCAGGCUCGGUUUCCAUCACCUCAGACAAAUUGUUUACUGUAUUAGCUGGGAAUCAAUCUUGAGCACUUAUUGAUAGUGCUGCUCUAUUUCCAGGGGGUUUGGGUGUCGGAGGGAGGCUGCGUUAGCAUCCAUCACGCAGUCCCAGGCUGGGCUAGAGGCUGGGCUGGGCUGGAGCGUUCCUCUAGGUCUGUCUCUCUCUGUAACUCCAGAAAUAGCACAGAGUUGGGCAGGGUAGGAUGGGAUGGGGAAAUGACACAAUGAUAGUGAGAAAGAAAGAUUGACUCGAUAGAUUUAUUUUUGCCUAUAUUAAAUUAUUUUAAAAGUUGCAAACAUUCUUAAUAUCUCACAGUGGUAAAGUGGGUGCCCUCCCUUAGGGAGAGAGAGAGAGACACUGGGCUUUUGACUUGGCUUGGAGUGAACAAUAAGGGGGAUAGGUGUAGGGGCAGAAAGCAGGUUACAGGGCAUAAAAGUUUAAACUGAUAGCCAUUAUAGAUCACGCAUGUUGUGGAUAUACUGUAUAUAUAUAUAUGCAAACUACGACAAUAAGUCUCUGCAUACUUCAAUCAGAUGCAACUUGGGAGAUAUAGGCAAACUAUGCCCAGCUGAGAGGAGAAGUUCAAAGGUUGUCAGACUAACGGUCUGUAUGUGUCUGUGUUUCUUUCUCUUCCUCAGUGUCACGGUUCUCCAGUCCCAGACUGACCCCCAGGCUGAACAGAAAGCGAGCCCUGUCCAUCUCGCCUCUCUCAGACGCCAGCAUCGACCUGCAGACCAUGAUCCGUACCUCACCCAACUCUCUGGUGGCCUACAUUAACAACUCACGCUCUAGCUCGGCAGCCAGCAGCUCCUACGGACACCUCUCUGUUGGAGGCAUCAGGUACCCUAGCCAGUAACUAGUCAAUAUGUAGUAAUAACUGAUUGUUCAAACUAUUGAUAUAAGAAUGCUUGGAUAGGGUUAACUGAUAUACUGGUCACAUGAAUAUGAACUCCACUUAAGUCACAAAGUUAUACAUGACUUGGACUUUUACGGUGACCGUAUCAGAGCCACACCGGCGGUCACGAGUCAUGACGGCAGUCAAAUUCCACGUGACCGUUUAGUCACACUAAUUAGGCUUCUCCAAGCUCUGAUGCUGCUGACGGUCAUUAGUAGCCUACCAAACUUGCUAACUGCCUGGUACUCAGCACUCUAUUGUCCCUCUAAUCACUCUGACGUCAAUGCAAAUAUAAUCGAAAAUCUAAUCAAACACUUCAUGAGAGCCCAUGAGCUCAUGUUGCGCAACAUUUUUAUAGGCUAUGCAAUUGCGUGAGAAAACAGAGUGAUGGCCUCUAUUAAAAAGACGAGGAUCCCAUCAGCUUUUUAUAGGCUAAGCCUACUAUAUUUAUUUCUCAUCUUUCCUAAUAUUAAGCACAUUGCUUCUCUUUACAACAGGACUAUAGCCUACCUGGCUGGCAUGAAAAUGAACCACGGGAAAAGCGUCCUCCAUUCGCUAUUUAAGUGCAUAGAUGACAUGUAUUUUUUUCCGCUACCCCUGUUUCAAGACAGGUGCAUGAUAAUGGUCCAUUCUAAAUCUAAAUAAAUUUCACACAUAUAUUAUUUAGUAUAUGUAAAGACAAGAUUAAAUCAAGAAUAGUAUGAUGGGUGACAAUAUUAGCCUAUCACUUGUGAAUGAUAUAUUAUCAUUUGUGAAUGAUGCCCAGCUUAAGGCAAGAAACAGCGCACGCUUUUUUUGGCAACUUGUUCUAAUCAUAGUCCCACGCCUCAUGUAGCCUAGCCCAUAGGCCUAUACAGUACAUUCGGAAAGCAUUCAGAUCCCUUGACUUUUUCCACAUUUUGUUACGUUACAGCCUUAUUCUAAAAUGGAUUAAAAAAAAAAAAAAUCAUCAUCAAUCUACACACAAUACCACAUAAUUACAAAGCAAAAACAGGUUUUAAGAAAUGUUUGCACAUUUCUUACAAAUAAAAAACAGAAAUACCAUAAGUAUUCAGACCCUUUGCUAUGAGAAUCGAAAUUGAGCUCAGGUGCAUCCUGUUUCCAUUGAUCAUCCUUGAGAUGUUUCUACAACUUGAUUGGAGUCCAGCUGUGGUAAAUUCAAUUGAUUGGACAUGAUUUAGAAAGUCACACACCUGUCUAUAUAAGGUCCCACAGUUGACAGUGCAUGUCAGACCAAAAACCAAGCCAUGAGGUCGAAGGGAUUGUCCGUAGAGCUCUGAGACAGGAUUGUGCCGAGGCACAGAUCUGGGGAAGGGUUCCAAAAAAUGUCUGCAGCAUUGAAGGUCCCCAAGAACACAGUGGCCUCCAUCAUUCUUAAAUGGAAGAAGUUUGGAACCACCAAGACUCUUCCUAGAGCUGGCUGCCUGGCCAAACUGAGCAAUCAGGGGAGAAGUGCCUUGGACAGGGAGGUGACCAAGAACCCGAUGGUCACUCUGACAGCCCGCUUGGAGUUUGCCAAAAGGCACCUAAAGGACUCUCAGACCAUGAGAAACAAGAUUCUCUGGUCUGAUGAAACCAAGAUUGAACUCUUUGGCCUGAAUGCCAAGCGUCACGUCUGGAGGAAACCUGGCACCAUCCCUACGGUGAAGCAUGGUGGUGGCAGCAUCAUGCUGUGGGGAUGUUUUUCAGUGGCAGGGACUGGGAGACUAGUCAGGAUCGAGGGAAAGAUGAACGGAGCAAAGUACAGAGAGAUCCUUGAUGAAAACCUGCUCCAGAGCACUCAGGACCUCAGACUGAGGUGAAGGUUCACCUUCCAACAGGACAACGACCCUAAGCGCACAGCCAAGACAACGCAGGAGUCUCUGAAUGUCCUUGAGUGGCCCAGCCAGAGCCCGGACUUGAACCCGAUCAAACAUCUCUGGAGAGACCCGAAAAUAGCUGUGCAGCAACGCUCCCCAUCCAACCUGACAGAGCUUGAGAGGAUCUGCAGAGAAGAAUGGGAGAAACUGCCCAAAUACAGGUGUGCCAGAGCCCGGACUUGAACCCGAUCAAACAUCUCUGGAGAGACCCGAAAAUAGCUGUGCAGCAACGCUCCCCAUCCAACCUGACUCCCCAAAUACAGGUGUGCCGAGUUUGUAGCAUCAUACCCAAGAAGACUCGAGGCUGUAAUCACUGCCAAAGGUGCUUCAGCAAAGUUUUUUAUUCAUUUAUUUUUUAUUUCACCUUUAUUUAACCAGGUAAGCCAGUUGAGAACAAGUUCUCAUUUACAACUGCGACCUGGCCAAGAUAAAGCAAAGCAGUGCGAUAAAAACAACAACACAGAGUUACAUAUGGGGUAAAACAAAACAUAAAGUCAAAAAUACAACAGAAAAUAUAUAUACAGUGUGUGCAAAUGUAGCAAGUUAUGGAGGUAAGGCAAUAAAUAGGCUAUAGUGCAAAAUAAUUACAGUUAGUAUUAACACUGGAAUGAUAGAUGUGCAAGAGAUUAUGUGCAAAUAGAGAUACUGGGGUGCAAAUGAGCAAAAUAAAUAACAAUAUGGGGAUGGUAGUUGGGUGGGCUAAUUUCAGAUGGGCUGUGUACAGGUGCAGUGAUCGGUAAGGUGCUCUGACAACUGAUGCUUAAAGUUAGUAAAGUACUGAGUAAAGGGUCUGAAUACUUAUGUAAAUGUAAUAUUUCAGUUUUUUUCUAAAAACCUGUUUUUGCUUUGUCAUGAUGGGGUAUUGUGUGUAGAUUGAUGAGGGGAAAAAACUAUUUAAUAUGUUUUAGAACAAGGCUGUAACGUAACAAAAUGUGGAAAAAGUCAAGGGGUCUGAAUACUUUCCGAAUGCACUGUAUGUUUUGAUAAGGUUUGCAUCAUAACUAAAGUGGCCAACUAACUUCUUAAAAUGAAGCACAUUAAUCCACUUUACAAAACGGGUGUAGAGCCUAACUGGCAUACAUACACAGCACGUGAGUUUCAAGUUUGGGGAAGAUAGUUUUUACCAUAAAAAUGCACCUUUAUGAUAAAAGCAAUGUGCACACAAAUGCGAUUAUGCAUGUAAUCAUAAUCGCAUUUGUGGUCACUUUUGAGAAUGGUGUUUUCCUGCUAAUGGAACAUUCGCACUUAUAGCCUACUGCUGUGUGCGCAUUGCUGUGUGAAGAAUGUGAAGAAAUGGCCUAAAAGUUUAUCAACAUUUUUAGCUAAACGUUCUCAUCUGUUGCGUCAGGCUCAUUGCUUAAAACAGGUUUUUGAUGCUAGUAGUUGUAUUAAUUUGGGAUCUAUCGCAUCCCACAACGGUCCCAGACUAUGUUUGGAAUAUUUGUUUCUCGCACAGAAUAGAAUAUGUCAACUUUUGUACUAUGGGGGAUAGUAGAUUGACAUAGGCUAGUAAAUGUGGACAGUUCCUCCAUUAUCUUCAAUAUGCGCCGCGGAAUUGGAUAAGGACACGCACAGUUGCGUCCCCGAUGUGUCUGUCUUCACUUGUAGCCUGUAAGAAAGACCCGAUCACUUGACAGAGAACCAUGUGAGUAAGAGGUGCUUCAUCACGGAGUUAUAAUUAUUAUAUUCAGCCCAAGGGCACAACGGCCACUUUGGCUGCAAAAGGCAAGGAUUUUUUUUUUCUUUCUGAAAUAGACUACAUUUUCUUCAUAAAAUGUCUAAAAUAAAUAAUGGAUUUAUUGUGAUGUUGUAGGCUAUAUUACAUGGAUUUAUUCGACUUUUUUAAAUGUAGAUGUUCCGAAGGUCUGCAUCAGUGACUUGUAGGCUAUGCGUGGAAGCCAGGAGAUGCUAAAUGUGUUUAUGUUUAUUAAUGGUAAAUUACUGUGAGACCGGCAGUUAUUUGCUUGACAAUCACUGGCUGACAGAAUUUCAUGACCGCCACAGCCUUAUUCAUGGCUGACAAAAUGUAAUGACCGCCACAGCCUUAUACAGUUGAAGUCGGAAGUUUACAUACACUUAGGUUGGAGUCAUUAAAACUCGUUUUUCAACCACUCCACAAAUUUCUUGUUAACAAACUAUAGUUUUGGCAAGUUGGUUAGGACAUCUACUUUGUGCAUGACACAAGUAAUUUUUCCAACAAUUGUUUACAGACAGAUUAGUUCACUUUUAAUUCACUGUAUCACAAUUCCAGUGGGUCAGAAGUUUACAUUCACUAAGUUGACUGUGCAUUUAAACAGCUUGGAAAAUUCCAGAAAAUGAUGUCAUGGCUUUAGAAGCUUCUGAUAAGCUAAUUUACAUAAUUUGAGUCAAUUGGAGGUGUACCUGCGGAUGUAUUUCAAGGCCUACCUUCAAACUCAGUGCCUCUUUGCUUGACAUCAUGGGAAAAUCCAAAGAAAUCAGCCAAGACCUCAGAAAAAAAAUGUUUGACCUCCACAAGUCUGGUUCAUCCUUGGGAGCAAUUUCCAAAUGCCUGAAGGUACCACGUUCAUCUGUACAAACAAUAGUACGCAAGUAUAAACACCAUGGGACCACGCAGCCGUCAUACCGCUCAGGAAGGAGACGCGUUCUGUCUCCUAGAGAUGAACGUACUUUGGUGCGAAAAGUGCAAAUCAAUCCCAGAACAACAGCAAAGGACCUUGUGAAGAUGCUGGAGGAAACAGGUACAAAAGUAUCUAUAUCCACAGUAAAACCUGAAAGGCCGCUAAGCAAGGAAGAAGCCACUGCUCCAAAACCGCCAUAAAAAAGCCAGACUACGGUUUGCAACUGCACAUGGGGACAAAGAUCGUACUUUUCUGAGAAAUAUCCUCUGGUCUGAUGAAACAAAAAUAGAACUGUUUGGCCAUAAUGACCAUCGUUAUGUUUGGAGGAAAAAGGGGGACCUUGCAAGCCGAAGAACACCAUCCCAACCGUGAAGCACGAGGGUGGCAGCAUCAUGCUGUGGGGGUGCUUUACUGCAGGAGGGACUGGUGCACUUCACAAAAUAGAUGGCAUCAUGAGGAAGGAAAAUUAUGUGGAUAUAUUGAAGCAACAUCUCAAGACAUCAGUCAGGAAGUUAAGCUUGGUCGCAAAUGGGUCUUCCAAAUGGACAAUGACCCCAAGCAUACUUCCAAAGCUGUGGCAAAAUGGCUUAAGGACAACAAAGUCAAGGUAUUGGAGUGGCCAUCACAAAGCCCUGACCUCAAUCCUAUAGAAAAUGUGUGGGCAGAACUGAAAAAGUGUGUGCGAGCAAGGAGGCCUACAAACCUGACUCAGUUACACCAGCUCUGUCAGGAGGAAUGGGCCAAAAUUCACCCAACUUAUUGUGGGAAGCUUGUGGAAGGCUACCCGAAACGUUUGACCCAAGUUAAACCAUUUAAAGGCAAUGCUACCAAAUACUAAUUGAGUGUAUGUAAACUUCUGACCCACUGGGAAUGUGAUGAAAGAAAUAAAAGCUGAAAUAAACCAUUCUCUCUACUAUUAUUCUAACAUUUCACAUUCUUCAAAUAAAGUGGUGAUCCUAACUGACCUAAGACAGGGAAUUUUUACUACGAUUAAAUGUCAGGAAUUGUGAAAAACUGAGUUUAAAUGUAUUUGGUUAAGGUGUAUGUAAACUUCCGACUUCAACUGUACAUGACCAUAUAUGACCAACAUUGGGUUCAGGUGAAAAGUAGUGACAUUUUAGUAAUUUAGGAGACGCUCGAUUUACAGGAGCAGUUAGGGUUAAGUGCCUUGCUCAAGGGCACAUUGACAUAUUUUUCACCUAGUCAGCUUGUGGAUUCGAACUAGCAACCUUUUGGUUACUGGUCCAACACUCUUAACCUCUAGGCUACCUGGGUUGAAAGUGGAACUUUGUGUCACCGUUGGAGAUCAGUGACAUAUCUCUCAUGUGUUUUAUUGUCUUGUGUUCCAGUCCGUCCUUUACGUUCCCCCACCACAUCAACCCCAUGGCCUACCAGCAGCUCCUGUCCCAGCAGAGAGGCCUAAGUGCAUUCGGCCACACCCCUCCCCUCAUCCAGCCCCCGCCCACCUUCUCCAGUCGCCAGUCUUCCCUGGGUCUCUCUUCUCUGCCCCCCUCCUCACACAACCACAACAAUGGCUCACAGUCAAAGGUGAGACUGCUCUUCUUUGGUAAUGGUGGUGUGCAAACCAGCUUUGAUGUGUGAAUACUUUUUCCUUCAGUUUGUCAGUCUUCUUCCUGAACUGUACCUAAAUUGUCCGGUACGAGGUAGAUCUUCUCAUUAUCCAUAACCGCCAAAUGUGAGCCUUGCCCUGUGGCCUUCUGGGAAUUCUGGUAUUGUGUGGGAUGCUCUAAUCCAACCAGCAUUACAUCUACAGCUGUACAAUUUUCUUCUGUUGUUUGCGUUCUCAGUAAACUUGUUUUAAGAUGAUUUAAAACAUCAGUACUGCAGUCCCCUUCCCUCAUCCAGUGUAUACAUCCACUGUGGUUUGUGGUUCUCUCUGCCAGUGCAUUUAUUAUCAUACCAUUCACUGAAAUGCCCCUUCUUAAGGUAAACUCCAUACCAAUGAAUAAAGGGAUUGGGGACAUUAAACCCUCAUUGCCCCAACCCACACGAUCCCAACCCCACGGUUCUGUUUCAGCCCACAGUAAACACAGAGGGAUACUGAGGAGAAACAAAGUCUUCCUCUGAUUAGGAACACUUUGCUGUGGUUUAGUGCAAUCACAGAAUCACAGUCUAGCAUGACUAUUCAAACCAACUGCCAGAUACUGCCUAUGUCAGCUUAUUGUGAAGCAUUGACUGUGUAGGUGGUGGGGUGUGCCUUCUCUUUUCUCUAAGGUUUCUCUAGGAUUCACCUGGUUUACACUGAAGCCUCAGGCAGUGGGCUCACUGUAGAUGGAUGGGAUGUUUCCAUACUGUACUCCACCCUCUCAUCAUAAAACACUCUAAAUUGUUUAGUCUCUGUGGUGGCUCACCUCUGAUAUAUGAAUGUCUAUUUGACUCUAGCCCUCUAUUAACCCCAAUCUUUUCUUUUCUUUACAUUUCCUUUCUUUUCUUUUCUUUUCUUCUAUCCACUCCUCUCUUCUCCUCUCUCCCCUCCUCUCCUCCUCUCCUCUCAUCUCCUAUUCUCUCCUCCACUCCAGAACACAUGUGGGGACUCGGCAGUGAGCAGUACAGUCAAUCCCAUGAUCACCAAGAGGUCAAAGGUGAAGACAGAGGUGGAGUGUCCGAGGCCGCUGUCCCCAUGUUCUCCGGUAAGAAUCAGAUAAGGAUCUACUACUUUAUAAAUCAGUUGUUAUGAUGAACCUUGUUGCCCUGUACAGUAAGUGAAACGUAUGGGUUGAUAGGAUCUAAAGAGAAUGACAUGUUGAGGGCAAUGAAAAAAUGAUCAAUUCUUUGCAACUGAUGAUUAAAAAACUGCUUCCUUUGCUUCCUUUCCUCUGCCAUUUCCUCCCCAAAUACUCCUCUGUGCUGAAUUGACACAGACCCCUGGGAACCAGCCAGUCCCCUGACCCCCUUUCUUUCUCUGCUACGGCUGAAAGAAGAAAAACUCUGUGUGAUAAGAGCUUUGCAUCCAUUCGUUUGUUCCGCUCUCUCUUCUUUUCUCCCUGGCCACUGUAAACUGUGCCACAGCACUUCAUUUUAAUGAAAUAUUGGCCAGACUUUAUUGUCAUCUGAGGUGCUUUCUUUCUCUCUCUCUCUCUCUCUCUCUCUCUCUCUCUCUCUCUCUCUCUCUCUCUCUCUCUCUCUUCUCUCUCUCUCUCUCUCUCUCUCUCUCUCUCUCUCUCUCUCUCUCUCUCUCUCUCUCUUGACAAAUUUGCGCCCUCCUCUCCGACUCAGAGGCAGGUUUGGGUUUGUGCUUGAUGCAUGGGGAUGGCGGUGCGCACAGUCGUCUUGGGGCCAGUAGAAUUGAUGAAGAUAGUGGCGCGGUGCAGAGAUAAACAUGCUGCAGUCAGCACAUUGGAGCAGGGAAGGGUGGGAGGCUGGCGCUGUGGAGAGAGAGAGAGGAGACCAGGGGAUGGGCUGCACGUCACACAAACAUACACACACACAGCCUGCAGGCCUGGGAACUGUCAAUGAAUCCCUGCCUGGCCAGAAAAAAAUUAACGCAUCUGUCUGUUACAUGUACAUUAGUCACUCUGUUCCUCCAGACAAGUCAAUCUGGGCUAUCUCGGAUAAUGUCAGGGUAUCCCCUCCCCACAUCAGUAACAGUAAUAGUUGAAGUGUUGUUGAGUAGAAUUUCAGCAGGAGGGUUAAUGGCUUGUAUUGGGUUAAAAGAAAAAAUAUUUCCGUGGACCGUAAGAAAGAAUGGACUAUAAAGUCUUCUUCUUCUCUUUUCUCGUGUUCUUCUAACUCUAACAGGAUCAUCUAGGUGGGAUGCUGGACCUGAAGGAGGACUUGGAUAAAGAUGAAUGCAAGCAUGAGCCAGAGAUGGUGUAUGAGACCAACUGCCAAUGGGAGGGAUGCUCCAAGGAGUACGACACGCAGGAACAACUGGUCCAUGUAAGGAGAGGACGGGGACGGAGGGACAGGAGGGGAUGGGGACAGGGACAGGGGACAGGCAUCAGACAAGCGUUUCCUUUUUGUUUAACUAGCUCAGAAAAUGUCCCUGCGUGUUUUAAAACAACCAACCUGGAGCCGGUUUCCUAAAGAGCAUCUUAAGGCUAAGCUAAUCGUUAGAACCUAUGGACUCUGGUAGUAUGUUACCUGUGGUUCUAAUGAUGAAACCUGGCCCAGGGCCAAGAGCAGAGGAAGGUCGCUAUCUAAUGAGUGCGUGGUGAGAGAGAGGAGGUCUGCCUGUCAGUGCAGCUGGAAUAAGUCCAGAAUAAAUCCCAUUGACCUCUAGGUCUAUAUGAGCUCCCUAACCUCUGACCUCUGACCUUUGAAGCCCAACAUAAAGCCGUCCUGCCAGGAACACUAAACCCCUAAACCCUCCCUGAUUUAGUCUCCACAGUAACCUCUAACAGACUAACAGAGUCCAUAUUUUAGUGCUGCCUAAGACUGAGGCUUGUCAAUAGACUUAAACUGGGGUCCUGUUUUAUUAUGCUUUCCUCCAGAUAGUUACUGAGAGUCAAAUGAUUCCUAUAGAUACUGAGAGUCAAAUGAUUCAUAUAGAUACUGAUAGUCAAAUGAUUCCUAUAGAUACUGAGAGUCAAAUGAUUAAUAUAGAUACUGAGAGUCAAAUGAUUCCUAUAGAUACUGAGAGUCAAAUGAUUAAUAUAGAUACUGAGAGUCAAAUGAUUCCUAUAGAUACUGAGAGUCAAAUGAUUAAUAUAGAGAUUAAUAGAGAUUACGAGAGUCAAAUGAUUCAUAUAGAUACUGAUAGUAAAAUGAUUAAUUGGUUGUUCACAUAAGUAAGCUUAGCUAAGUGUUUAGCCUCCAUGAAACUGGGAUUGUUUUACUCUAUUGGACUUUUUGGCAUGUAGAGUCUUGGUCGAGCAGGGGCAUUCCAGGCCGUCAGUGAAGCAGAGAGAGGGGGGGCAGACAGAGAGAGAGAAAGAAGAGGAGAGAGAGAAUGGAGAAAGAGAGAUGUGGGGGUGGGGGGUGGAGGUGGGAGAGAGUGAGAGUGGAUGAGAAGAUAGAGUGAGAGAGAGAGGAGUAGAGUCGAGACGCCAGCUCUUCAGAGAAGACCCCUUUUUGCAGCGAGAGAGAGAGAGAGAGAGAGAGAGUGCACUGUGACACAGAGGAGCUCAGACUAUGGCCUCCAUUAUCUGUCCUCAUUGUUUCACUCAGUCACGACAGUUACACUCCAGCUGAACAUUAGACCUCUCUGAGAUCCUUCCUAAUGAUAGGCACACACACACAAACACACACACCCUCAUAAUGAUAGGCCAGGAUGGUUUAGGUUAGGCAGUUACGGACAAAGAGCUGCUUGUCUGAGAGAGCAGUCAACGCACGCUCAACCACCAUGUGUCUUUGGCUUAAUUAUCAUGGGCCAGACAUUAAACCAACAAGUAGGGAGCGUAGCCUAAGGAAUAUGCUGGCAUUUAGCUGCCACAAUGAUGGUCCUUGUCACUGAUGUGUGUGUGUGUGUGUGUGUGUGUGUGUGUGUGUGUGUGUGUGUGUGUGUGUGUGUGUGUGUGUGUGUGUGUGUGUGUGUGUGUGUGUGUGUGUGUGUGUGCGUGUGUGUGUGUGUGUGAAUGCAUACAUGCCUGUUAGCACUAUACUCUUGCAAGGAAAAAAGUAACUUUAGUUGCUGCAGGUUUGAAACCCGAGCAUCCUGUUAGUUACCUGGUUGUUCGUAAUUCCUGAUGUUCUCAGGGUAUUAAGUCCAUUUCUACAAAUGGGUUCAUCAAGGGAUCCCAAGAAACAGUGGUUUGAGUUGUAAUCCCUCCACACUCACUGGGCCCCUGCACUCAAACACUACAGCCCUAAUGAGGGAAUGCUUACAAGUGCACAAUACCUGUCCAAACCCAUUCGCCCUAGGCUAUGCACGCCAGCCAGCAGGAUACCACAUCAAUCUUGGAUAAGAGAGUUGGAAAUCCGUCACAGGGCAAUUCCAUUAAAUUAAAGUGUUGAAAGGCUGCACCUCUAGACACAUACAAACAGAACGGAGCAAAGGAGCAUUUGCCUGUUUGACGAUUGAUUUAAUUUCCCUAACCGUAGAAUCCCUCUUAGGGAGAAAGUAGACUAGUGGAACUCAUCUAUCAAAGACAAACAGCGCCACAUGGCAAAUUGUGCGUACCUACAACACAAUCACGUCUUUUUCUUCACUGUCUGACAAACGGAAAGUAAACUGCAAACUUUGAUUGAUGGCGUUACUCCUAAUUUCUUUGAUAGGCAAAUGGCUGCUCUGCCUUUGAAACAACCUGAAAUUGACUUGUUCUAACAGACUUCUAUCACAGAGAAAACCUCUGUCUCCUGUUGAUAGUGUGUUUGCAUGUUUUCUAAGUAGUAAAAUUACACUCAAUAACAGAUAGAACAGAACACAACUAGACACCUAAUAAAAAAGACAGUUCAAUCACAGACAACCUCAGAGGGACUUCAGUGGAGAGAGAAACAUUAGAAGUUACAGGCCCUGCACAGAAAGAAAACCUAUCCCUUUCCCCCUAGGCACUUCAUGUAGAUUUCAUAUAAUUACUACAAUUGAAUUACUAUUGCUUACACCUAUCUAAUCCCUUAGAUCGACACAAUUGUCUAGGGAGUAGGGGCUAGGGGUUGUUACUGGACUGGUCCGUAAUCUCACAGGCUGUAGAGAUCCAGAAAGUCUCAUCCGGGCAUGUCUCCCUAUAGCACAUCAAUAACGACCAUAUCCACGGGGAGAAGAAGGAGUUCGUGUGCCGCUGGGAUGAGUGCUCGCGGGAGCAGAAGCCCUUCAAGGCUCAGUACAUGCUGGUUGUUCACAUGAGGAGGCACACAGGGGAGAAGCCACACAAGUGUACCGUGAGUAACUGAUCGUUGCCAGGCUCGGCCUAUGCUGAGCAUUUGCCUCUCUAAACACUUGUAGAGUACACCGUCACACACACACAAACACACUCACUGAGAAUCACACACACACAUGGGCUUUUCUCAAUAUUUCACUUGAUCAUUCUAGAAAAGGAAGAAAGAUGGUUCAUCGUGCUUACAGAAUGAACAACAUUACAUAUUCUCAUAGAGGAUCUCCCUAAGCUGGUUAGUAGGGUGGAUGUUAGUGGUUUCAGAUGUAAUUACCAGUAUAUCAUGUAAGUAAAGAAGUGGAAAGGGCAAUGGUUCCUUAUUACAGUAAGACCUAGAUAUAUCUUCUACAGUACUGUAUUGUAAGUCCCUCAUGUACAACAUCUAAGACUUUGCUCUCUUCAGGCCAAAUCCUUAACUUUUCGCAUAAAUCAUGCACUGAUGUCAAGGGGAGAUUUGUUUCUAAAGUUAGGAUUGGUGACUAUUUACAGUGCAUUCGGAAAGUAUUCAGACCCCUUCACUUUUCCACAUUUUGUUACGUUACAGCCUUAUUCUAAAAUUGAUAAAAUUGUUUUUUUCCCUCAUCAAUCUACACACAAUACCCCAUAAUGACAAAGCAAAAACAGAUUUUUUGACAUUUUUGCAAAUUUAUAUCACAAGUAUUCAGACCCUUUACUAUGAGACUAGAUAAUUGAGCUUAGGUGCAUCCAGUUUCCACUGAUCAUCCUUGAGAUGUUUCUACAACUUGAUUUGAGUCCACCUGUGGUAAAUUCAAUUGAAAAAAAUUCAAGUAUUCAGACCCUUUACUCAGUACUUUGUUGAAGCACCUUUGGCAGCGAUUACAGCCAAACUCCAAGUGGGCUGUCAUGUGCCUUUUACUGAGGAGUGGCUUCCAUCUGGCCACGCUACCAUAAAGGCCUGAUUGGUGGAGUGCUGCAGAGAUGGUUGUCCUUCUGGAAGGUUCUCCCAACUCCACAGAGGAACUCCGGAGCUCUGUCAGACUGACCAUCGGGUUCUUGGUCACCUCCCUGACCAAGGUCCUUCUUCCCCGAUUGCUCAGUUUGGCCGGGCGGCCAGCUCUAGGAAGAGUCUUGGUGGUUCCAAACUUCUUCCAUUUAAAAAUUAUGGAGGCCACUGUGUUCUUGGGGACCUUCAAUGUUGCAGAAAUUUGUUGGUACCCUUCCCCAGAUCUGUGCCUCAACACAUUCCUGUCUCGGAGCUCUACGGACAAUUCCUUCGACCUCAUGGCUUGGUUUUUGCUCUGACCUGCACUGUCAACUGUGGGACCUUAUAUAGACAGGUGUGUGCCAUUCCAAAUAAUGUCCAAUCAAUUGAAUUUACCACAGGUGGACUCCAAUCAAGUUGUAGAAACAUCUCAAGGAUGACAAUGGAAACAGGAUGCACCUGCGCUCAAUUUCCAGUCUCAUAGCAAAGGGUCUGAAUACUUAUGUAAAGAAGGUAUUUCAUUUUUUAAAAAUAAAUUAGCAAAGAAAAUCCUAAAACAUGUUUUUGCUUUGUCUAUAUGGGGAAUUGUGUGUAGAUUGAUGAGGAAUUGUUUUUAUUUAAUCCAUUUUAGAAUAAGGCUGUAACGUAACAAAAUGUGGAAAAAGUGAAGGUGUCUGAAUACUUUCCGAAUGCACUGUAUAUGCCUCCACACUAGAGUGUAAUUCAUUACACAAUAAUUGCAAAGAUCAUCUUUAUAAAAAUUAAACAGAAUUGGAAAACAAGGAUAGACGUGAAAUACACUGGACAAAGAUCCUGUGUUUGACUGCUUCUGUGUUUUCCUUUCUCUCUUUUGCAGUUUGAGGGCUGCUGUAAGGCCUAUUCUCGCCUGGAGAAUCUGAAGACCCACCUGCGGUCUCACACAGGGGAAAAACCAUAUGUGUGUGACCACGAGGGAUGCAACAAAGCCUUCUCUAACGCCUCGGACAGAGCCAAGCACCAGAACCGCACACACUCCAACGAGGUGCACACACGCGCACACGCGCACACACACACACACUUCAAUGAGGUCCUACUGGAGCUGCCUCCCAAACACCACCCUAUUCCCUUCAUAGUGCACUACUUUUGACCAGGGCCUUGGUCAAAAGUAGUGCACUAUGCAGGGAAUAGGGUGCCAUUUGGGAUGCAGACAAGCUCCCACACUGCACAGCACUGCAGCUCCAUUCUGCCCUGCCAAGACUUCAGAUAGACUCACUUAUAGAGUCCAUUAGAUAUUCUCUUAGACAGACAUCCGUAGGAUCAAUAUUCUUCUAUCUUUUGUGACUGACUGUAAGGUCCUGGGCCAAAAGAUUGUGGCAUCAAGAAAGUACAAACUGACUAAUGUGUCUUCAAUCUGUUGUCUGCUAGCCUUUUACAUAUUCAGGCUGAAAUGAGAUGUCUUUUUCUCAUCACGCACAGUGAUUGUUCUUGGAUGUCUAUACUUGCCCCAUUAAACCACGGCCGUGUGUGUGUGUUUGUUUGUGUGUGCAUGUGUUCCCAAGUGUGCGUGUGUGUGUAUGCAGGCGUGUGUGUGAGUAAAUAAUGAUGUGCGGAACUAAUGAGCGUGGCAGCCCCACAAUGCAUUAGUGUGAAUCAAGCGUAGGCAUCCCCUAUGGAGAUCCAGACCACCUGCAGAUCACCAAUACAAAAUGAACCCUGGAACCGUUUCAAGCCUCCUACUAGCCUAUCCAUCAGGAGAUAGAGGAGAGAAAUGUGGGGGGAGAGCACAAUGUCCCAUAGAUCCACACACACAGACACACACACACUCUACCCCUCGGGAUGAAAAACAAGACUGGAUCCAUCCCACUAGUAUAACUUUAACUUUAUUACUGGAAACCACAUACAUCUUAGUGAUAUUCUGUGGCUCUAAGCAGAACCAACAAGUCACUGGUUUUACAUACAUAAUUUAUACACUCUAAUUGCGUGUUUACAACAACAGCUAGUCACAGCUAAUCUGAGUAAGUAGGAGGGGAUGGAUAUUCUAAUUCACAGUCAUGUAUUUGAAUGUUAUUAAACAGAAUAUGAACUGGGUGAUAUUCAUCUCACUCUGGAUCCUGUGUGGCUCACUUGGUAAGAGUGUGGUGGUAACAACGCAAGGGUUGUUGGUUUGCUUCCCACUGGGGCCACAUUUAAAUGUAUGCACUCACUGUACUGUAAAUCGCUUCGGAUUAAAUAUAUAUAUAUAUAUAUAUAUAUAUAUAUAUAUAUAUAUACAGUGCAUUCGGAAAGUAUUCAGACCCCUUCACUUUUUCCACAUUUUGUUACGUUACAGCCUUAUUGUAAAAUUGAUUAAAUCGUUUUUUUCCCUCAUCAAUCUACACACAAUACCCCCAAAGCAAAAACAGAUUUUUAGAAUAAAAAAUUGAAAUAUCACAUUUACAUAAGUAUUUAGACCCUUUACUAUGAGACUAGAAAUUGAGCUUAGGUGCAUCCUGUUUCCACUGAUCAUCCUUGAGAUAUUUCUACAACUUGAUUGGAGUCCACCUGUGGUAAAGUCAAUUGAUUAGACAUGAUUUGGAAAGGCACAAACAUUAUAUAAGGUAGUUUGCCAAAAGGCACCAAAGGACUCUCAGACCAUGAGAAACAAGAUUAUCUGGUCUGAUGAAACCAAGAUUGAACUCUUUGACCUGAAUGCCAAGCGUCAUCACGUCUGGAGGAAACCUGGCACCAUCCCUACGGUGAAGCAUGGUGGUGGAAGCAUCAUGCUGUGGGGAUGUUUUUCAUCGGCAGAGACUGGGAGACUAGUCAGGAUCGAGGGAAAGAUGAACGGAGCAAAGUACAGAGAGAUCCUUGAUGAAAACCUGCUCCAGAGCGCUCAGGACCUCAGACUGGGGCGAAGGUUCACCUUCCAACAGGACAAUGACCCUAAGCACACAGCCAAGACAACGCAGGAGUGGCUUUGGGACAAGUCUCUGAAUGUCCUUGAGUGGCCUAGCCAGAGCCCGGACUUGAACCCAAUGGAACAUCUCUGGCGAGACCUGAAAAUAGCUGUGCAGUGACGCUCCCCAUCCAACCUGACAGAGCUUGAGAAAAUCUGCAGAGAAGAAUGGGAGAAACUCCCCAAAUACAGGUGUGCCAAGCUUGUAGCGUCAUACCCAAGAAGACUCGAGGCUGUAAUCACUGCCCAAAUACUUAUGUAAAUUUAAUAUUUCCGUUUUUUAUUUUUUAUAAAUUUGCAAAAAAAAUCUAAAAACCUGUUUUUGCUUUGUCAUUAUGGGCUAUUGUGUGUCGACUGAUGAGGGGAAAAAACGGUUUAAUAAAUUUUAGAAUAAGGCUGUAACAUAACAAAAUGUGGAAAAAGUAACAUUUUAAUUAAUUUUAUCUCUCUGAGUAUAACCUUUAUAAAUAAAGGUGAAAUAAAUCAAAUAAUUGUAUCCACAGAAACCCUACGUGUGUAAGAUCCCCGGGUGUACGAAGCGCUACACGGACCCCAGCUCUCUUAGGAAGCACGUGAAGACAGUCCACGGACCAGAGGCCCACGUCACAAAGAAACAGCGCAGCGACCUGCCGCCCAGCAGACCCAUGCCACCCAAAGAGAAUGGAGAGAACGAGACAGGCCGGGGCAUGGAGGAGAAGAUGGACAGCACCUCGAGAGGCAUGGAGGACUACCUGCAGGUCAAGUCUAUCAAGACGGAGAACUCUGUGGUAAGAGAUCGUCUGGUGUUGCAGCCUAUCAUUCAAUGAGAGAUCAUUUGGAGUAGAAGAUAUACAUGUAUAGUGGAAAUAUAAUUCAGCAAAUACAGACAGUUUUUAGUUUACUAUGGUUAUGUGUGCCUCCUAAUAUAUGGUUUAGCCACUUUAUAGAUUUGUGCAAUCAGAUAAUGACCUUCUACUUUCUCAGUCUGAGCCCCUACUAACAAUGGCAUGCAAAUCUUACCUAACAAACGUGUAUCCUUCCUCUCUAACACUCUCUGCUUGCUACUUGAACAUUUCCUUUCCAUUUCUCUUCUCCUUCAAACUUUCCUUAAGGACAGACAUUACUAAGGUGAGCACAGCUUCAGUUUUAGCUUCAGUUCAUUACAGAAUAUCUAUCAGAAUAUCUCUCAUCAUUUCAUCAUCCUGUACUACUGCUGUAUAACAAGCCAUAGCCAGCAAGGGACACAGUCCAAAAAUGUGUAUAAUAGUUUUAAGUCCACAUUUUGUACACCGUCAAGAGGGACUGGGGAGCCCAACAACCCAGAGAGCCACAGAUGCAUAGCCCCGUGUGCUGGCCUAGCAUGUACUCAAGCAUCCUUUCAUCUCUCCCAUUUCUAAUUCACAGACAGUCAAAGAGAGCUAUAAUCUGUAGCCACCCCAACCAACACUCAUUAUUUACAAUUAAAGUUGUGGAUAAAAGAAGUUGCAUGAUUCACUGUUGUCAUCUCCUUAUGUUGUUAUGUUAUCACUGUUCUACUUUGCCUUCGUUAGAUGGUGAUCCCUUUCCUUUUUAGAUAGUUGAUAAACAUGUUGUCUCUCUCUGCCUCUCUCUCUUCCUCUCUCUCUCUCUCGCUCUAUCGCUCUCGCUCUCUCUCUCUCUCUGCCUCUCUCUCUUCCUCUCUCUCUCUCUCUCUCUCUCUCUCUCUCUCUCUCUCUAGAUGUAUCAGUCCAGCCCUGGUGGUCAGUCGUCAUGUAGCAGCGAGCCGUCGCCACUUGGCAGUUCCACCAACCAUGACAGUGGAGUAGAGAUGGCCCUCCACAGCGGCGGGGGCAGCAUGGGGGACCUGACUGGGCUGGACGACCCCUCGGGGCCCCUCAUUGACUCCUCCUCCUCUGGCCUCUCGUCUGGCACAGCAGGGGUCGGGGUGGGCCUCCACCUACAUCAACACCUAGGCCCCAGCCACAUCCACAGACUAGAACACCUGAAGAAGGAGAAACUGAAGACGGUGAGGGACUCCUGCCAGUGGGCCAAUCAUCAUCCAGCUCCUCCAGUCCAGAACACCAAGCUACCGCCCAUACCAGGAAGCGGUGAGUGAACAUAAAAACAAAGAAGUAACCAGUGUUUUCAUAAUGAUCCUUUUUGAGUAUUAGAUGGUAGAUAAAGUAAGAUAGAUAUAAGAUAAAAUAUGUUUUGUCAAUAAAAAAUUCAGUACAUUCAGAAAACUAUUCAGACUAUAUUUCUCCUGUGUAAAAUAAAUUAUUAUUCUCUUCAGGGUCCCUUCUGGAGAGUGGAAAUAUGGGUGGUGGGCCUGGAUCGUUCCCCGGCCUCAGUCUCAGUGAGCUGUGUUCCAGUAAGAUGACUGUCCUGAACCAGCUGGACCAUCUGAUGGAACGCAGGGACAGCACCACCAGCACCGUCUCCUCUGCCUACAUCAGCCGGCGCUCCUCUGGCAUCUCCCCCUGUUACUCCAGCCGCCGCUCCAGCGAUGCCUCCACGUUCAGUGGCCACCGCCACAACAACAUCAGCUCCACCGGCUCCUACGACCCCAUCUCUACAGACCUGUCCCGGAGGUCCAGCGACGCCAGCCAAUGUGGAGGUGGUGGAGGAGGGGGAGGGGGAGGGCUGCCCAGUCUCCUCAGCCUCACCCCCGCCCAGCACUACCACCUCAAGGCUAAAUAUGCGGCGGCUACAGGUGGAGCCCCACCCACGCCUCUACCCAACAUGGAGAGGAUGAGUCUCAAGACCUGCAUGGCCCUCUACGGGGACGCUUCCCAGCGAGACUCGUCGUCUGGUUACUCCUCCUUCAACACCAUUGCCCCAAGUGGUGUUCCCAGGCACUGCAGCGGCGAUAUGGGAGGCUAUAACGGCCGCAGCAUGAUGCCCCACGAAGCUCCGUCCAACAUUCCCCGUCGGGCUAGCGACCCCGUCCCCCGACGGCCGUCCCUGGACGCGCUGUCUCCGCUGUCCCACCAGCCUCAGGUGCAGCGCUACAACAGCAUGGGCAACAUGCAGAACCUCCACCCACACGCCUCCCAGCCGAACCAGGCCCUAUCUGCAGCCGAGCGGCGUCACCUGGCCCUCCAAAGCCACCAGCCGCGCUCCGACGGCAGCCUGCAGCGAUACCCCUACUGCCCCCGGCCGCCCAGCAUCUCUGAGAACGUGGCCAUGGAGACCAUGGCCGGCGACAUGAGCGGUAGUCGCAACAACAGUGAGGAGGAGAUGAUGGUACUUCCUGAUGACGUCGUUCACUACAUCACCUCUCAGGGCGGAGCUGAAGAGUCAGACUGUGCCACCGGGUACAACCGACAAGCACAAGGUGGUUUCCAUGGAAACACAAUAAACCCUAACCCCCAGCAGCAACAGCAGUUUUACCAGCGAAGGAUGGCUGUGGUGGACACCAAUAUGAAUAUGAACCCCUCGUCUGCACCACAAACCAUGCCCAUCUCCUGUGCUCUAAGCCCAGGCCAUCGGCAGCAGUCUUUCCCCUCCUCACCCAGUAAGACGAGCACCAUGCCGGUACAGUGGAACGAGGUCAGCUCAGGGACUGUGGAAGCUCCUCACAACCCAACCCAACAGCCGCCAUUCUGUCGAAGCAAACCAAACCUCGCCAUGGUCCAACAGAAACAGAACUUUGUCUCGUUCCGGAAUCAGAAUCUUAACUCCAACCAGCACAUUGCACAGAUGAACCACAACCUGGCUCACGCAGCCCAGCAGGGGAGAUACAUACAACAGCAGAAGGCUGACUCGAGGCUGAGUUGUGUCCAGCAACAGAGCCUACAGCAACAGCAGCCCGCUAAUGCUAACCUCAAUGAACCAGUGAGCCUCGAGUAUGGGUUUAACCAGGGUCCUAGCGAUGCUAACGCUAACGCUAACCAGCGGUCCUCCUGUAGUAGUAUGGCAGUUGGUGGCACUCUGGGUAUGUUGAGCCAAAACAGUAAACUCUCUGUAGACAUGCAGAACAGCCGGCUGAGGACGCAGCCAGGGGGGAGUCAAUCGUCUCAAGUCACAUUUAAGGAUAGCGGUGUGAAUUCUUUGCGGAUGAUCUCACAUCAACAGAACUAUAAUAUAGCAUCCCAGGUUCAGCAUCCCAUCCAAAAUGGAGGUCAAAUACUCCUCCAGCCAAGACCGCCCACAGAACCUAAGUCUCUAAGCAGACAGCAUUCAGGGUCAAUGACAAUGCAGCGACAAAACUCAAUUGGCAAUCACUGCAGCAAUGGCAACAACACAGACAACAAUGGUAUGUUCUACACGGGACAGAUACACGUGUUUGAGCCAAACGGGAACGUCAACAUGCAGAUGAUGACAUCAUCAGUAGUGAAUGUUCCUCAAUGUCCCUUAGACAGCACUGAGACCACCAUGACCUCGCCGGGAGUAAACAACCAGGUCUCCAGUACGGUGGACUCUUCCAAUGGGACAGGGGCAGAGGAGCCCCAGAUUGACUUUGACACCAUGCUGGAUGACGGGGACCACUCCAGCCUAAUGUCAGGUACCAUCAGCCCCAGUAUCCUCCAGAGUCUGUCCCAGACCUCCUCCAGACUCACCACCCCCCGGAACUCUGUCACCCUGCCUUCCCUGCCCCUCCCUGCAGGGGGCAGCAACAUGGCCAUCAGUGAUAUGAGCUCCCUGCUCACCGCGCUGGCAGAAGAGAACAAGUUCCUCAACAUGAUGUCAUAA